AAAAGCACACUCAGACUCAGCCAUGGUAGUUUCCUCUGCUAAGUCAAAGAAUAACAACAGUAACAACCAGAAGAAAACUCGUACCAGCUCAAAGAAUAAUAAUACUAAAAGUGGAGCUCAGACUCGGCGCAGCAAGUCCCCUGGAGUUCGACUCAUUGGACGCCGAAUCUACGAUUCCCAGAAUGGAAAAACUUGUCAUCAGGAAUCUGCUAAAUCUGGGGCCAAAAUAUGCGGAGAGGUGGAUGGUUUUCAAAGACCAAGAAAUUCAAAGGUGCACCUGAAGCCUUCGGAACUACAUGGUGCAGGGGUAGAAACUAGAAGUAGUAAGGUGAAAAGGUUAAGAGACAACAACAGAAAUGAAAAUGCAUCUGGAGACAACAAGGAUGCUGAAGUGAAGCUUUCGGAUAUACAGGAUGUGGGGGUAAAAACUAGAAGUAGUAAGCUGAAAAGAUUAAGAUACAAUAACGGAAAUGAAAAUGUAACUGCAGACAAGAAGGAUGCUCAAGUGAAGAUUUUGGAAAUAUGGGGUGCAGGGUUAAAAACUAGAAGUAGUAAGUUGAAAAGAUUAAGAGACAGUAAUGGAAAUGAAAAUGUAUCUGGAGACGACAAGGAUGCUCAAGUGAAGCUUUCGAAUAUACAGGGUGCAGAGGUAAAAACUAGAAGUGGUAAGAUGAUUAGAUUAAGAAGCAAUAAUGGAAAUGAGAAUGUGUCUGCAGACAAGAAGGAUGUUCAAGUGAAGCUUUCAGAAAUACAGGGUGCAGGGGAAAAAACUAGAAGUAGGGAGUUGAAAAGAUUAAGAGAUAGUAACGGAAAUGAAAAUGUAUCUAGAGAUAACAAGGAUGCUCAAGUGAAGCUUUCGGAUACACUGGGUGCAGGGGUAAAAACUAGAAAUAGUAAGUUGAAAAGAUUAAGAGACAAUAAUGGAAAUGAAAAUGUAUCUGGAGACAAGGAUACUCAAGUUAAGCUUUUGGAAAUACAGGUUGCUGGGGUAAAAACUAGAAGUAGUAAGUUGAAAAGAUUAAGAGACAGUAAUGGAAAUGAAAAUGUAUCUGGAGACAACAAGGAUGUUCAAGUGGAGCUUUCGGAAAUACUGGGUGCAGGGGUGAAGACUAGAAGUAGAAAGCUGAAAACAUUACAAGACGGUAAUUGGAAUGUAAAUGUAUCUGUAUACAGCAAGGAUGCUCAAGUGAAGCUUUCAGAAAUGCAGGGUGCAGGAGUAAAAACUAGGAGGAGUAAGUUGAAAAGAUUAAGAGACAACAAAGAUGCUGAUUCAGUUGCCCAGAAGAGCAGUCCUAAAAGUCAUCAGAGAUCUAAAGGGAUAGAAAGUGAUUCUCCAAGACCAAGUAAUUCGAUGGGACAAGCAAAGUACUCAAAAAUAGAAGGCACAGGGAUAGAAAUUAGAAGUAGUAAGUUUAAAAGAUUAAGAGACAACAAAGGAGGUGAAAAUGUGUCGGGAGAGAAAAAUGAUGCUACUUCCAAUACCGAGAAAAGUAAUACUAAAAGACGUCAGAAUCCCAAAGGAGCAUCUAGGGGAAAAGAAGAGAUUUUCCACAGGGAUCAUGGUGGUCGGUUAAUCAGAAUGAAUUCUGAUAUGAAAACUCCAGAAAAAGAUUUUCAAGAUUCUAUCAAUUACCAUAGUGAAACUGAACUGAACAAUUUGGAUAUUGAUGAUACUGUAGCAGAAAAUAAGCCACUUACAGGGUCAGACGGUCAUGAGAAGAAGAAUAUUGUGGAAGUGAAGAGGAAAUUUUCCAACAAGGAAAUCUCGUUGCCCUGUGGUAUUAUAUUAAAUAAUGUAGCUUCAGUUGACAUACCUGCUGAGGAUGUUGGACAUGCCUUUCAGUUCCUAGAAUUUUGUCAAGCUUUUGGACAGAUUCUUAAUCUGGGAAAAGGGCGGUCUGAACUGCUCCUCCGAGAAUUAGUUUGUGGAAGAAGUAAGCGUCGGGUAUGCAGUUCUCCAAUUGCUCAGUUCCACAUUCAGCUUCUGUCUCUGAUACAAAAGAAUUCUGGAAAAGGAUAUCCUUACUUUCACUCACUAAGUGAAAAUUCUUGGGUGCAAGUGCUUUUUAGAUAUGUAUCUGAGUCUCAUUUUUCCUUUAAGGAACUACAAGUGGAUUGCUUUGAAGUGGCUGAUUAUGAUCAAUUAGAUAUCUCUAAGAAGCUGAAACUUUUAAAUUUUCUCUGUGAUGAAGCUCUCGGCACAACAGAUUUUAGAAGUUGGAUUGAUGGACGAAAUUCAAAAUUUGUUCAAAGAGAGAAGAAACUGAAAGAAAAAGUUCUUGGUGAAGAGGAAAAGAUGAAAAAUAUGAAGAAGAAUAAGAAGCUGCAGGACAAAAUAGCCAAAGCUUGUCUCGUGAAAAAUGGUGCUCCUCUUUCGAUAUCUGAGCACGCGGAUCUUGUUUCAAAAAUAAAGUUGAAAGCAGCUCAAACUCUAUCAAGAACAGUGGAAGCAUCGGAGGCAAUGGUCAAUGUGUCCAAAGAGGAGUUGAGAUCAGAUGCUCUUAGGUUGGAGCCUAUGUUUCUGGAUGGACAUGGUCACAAAUUUUGGAGACUGAGAUGCUACUCCGCCGAGAUGAAAAUUCUUCUUCAAGGUACAUCCUCACUUCUUGAUCCAAAAUUCAGAGGUUUUCACUUUAACAGGAAGUUUUGCCUUAAUUUUUCUCCUCGAAGAUGUAGAGAUUGA